AUGCGAAGGACAGUUGUGAGCCUUUGCGUUCUUCUCACGAACACGUGCAACAACAACUUGAAUGUCCCCCCCCUGUUGUAUAAGCCAAGUGCAAGGAACGUCGGCAGCGUUGCUAACUGGAAUGAAGCACAGAGAAGGCGAAACAGUCUCAACAGUCACAACAAUCGCAACAGUCGUAACGCUCUUUUGGUCACGAAAAAAAACACGCUGUAUAUUAACCAACUGUGGAAUAGCCGUAUAUCCAGUUGGAGGAGAAGCAUCAUCCAGGUGAACAAACUACCUUUUAAAAGAAUGGCAUCCAGUACAAUCGUUGAUAAAUCCCAGGGGGACCUGUUGGAAAAAUUAAAAGAGAAUUUGGUCAUCGGGGAGAACCCAGCAUUUAUCCAGGAGAGGCUAGCUAAGUACAACCAAUUGAAGGAGAAGAAGCGCAUCGAAAGGGAGGAGCUACUUAAGAGUGACGCAAAAUUUACUCGAAGCAUAAAUGUGCAAUUGCUUGAUGGGUCGGUAAAAGUGGGACAAUGUAAUGUAACUACCCCGUUUAAUAUUGCAAGCUCCAUUUCGAAGAGGCUGGCAGAGGACUCCAUCGUAGCGCGUGUCACCUAUGUGGAGAAGGUGGACCUCGAACUGUGUGACAUAGAGGAGGAGCAGGAAGAGCAACAGCAGCAACAUGAAGGGGAAACCAAGGAUGACGCCGUUGGAUGUGGCAACCAAUUGAUCGGUGAAACGCCCCUCCUGUGGGACAUGAACGAGCCACUUAUUGGGAGCUGCAAAAUCGAGUUCCUGAACAUGGAGCACGAAGAGGCGAAGAAGACCUUCUGGCAUUCCUCUGCACAUAUCCUGGGCAGCAGCUUGGAGAAGCUCUUCGGAGGAUACCUAACAAUCGGACCCCCCCUGAAGGAAGGCUUCUACUACGACAUCUACCUACGCGAUUUCUCCAUAACGAAUGAACACUACAAAAAAAUAGAAGACGAAUUUAGCAAACUAAUAAAAGAAAAUGCAGAGUUUGAGAAGCUUAUCUGCACAAAAGAUGAAGUGAUGGAUCUGUUCAAAUAUAACCCCUUCAAGUUAGCAUUAAUAAAAGCGAAAAUUCCGGAACAUAAAAAAACGUCCGUGUAUAAGUGUGGUAACUUUAUCGACCUGUGUUUAGGACCCCAUAUAAAAAGCACAGGAAAAGCAAAAGCAUUCAAGGUGCUAAAAAACUCUGCUGCCUACUGGUUAGGAAAUAAGAACAAUGAAAGUUUGCAAAGAAUCUAUGGAAUAACUUUCCAAAAGAAGACUGAACUGAGUGAUUAUUUAAAUUUUCUAGAAGAAGCGAAAAAAAGAGAUCACCGUAAUGUGGGGAAGAAAUUACAUUUCUUCUUUUUCGAUAAGGAUACAUCACCAGGGUCAUGCUUUUGGCUACCUCAUGGAGCGAAAAUAUACAAUAAAUUAGUCGACUUUAUUAGAAGAGAAUACCGAAUCAGGAUGUAUGAAGAAGUGAUCACGCCGAAUGUGUUCAGUUGUGAUCUGUGGAAAACAUCUGGACAUUACCAAAACUACAAAGAUUGUAUGUUCAUUUUUAACGUAGAACAGAAGGAGUGGGGGAUGAAACCUAUGAACUGUCCUGGACAUUGUAUCAUGUUUAAGCAGUUAAAUGCAUCCUACAGGUCACUACCGAUCAGAUUAGCUGACUUUGGUGUUCUACACAGGAAUGAAAUAUCCGGUAGUUUGAGUGGACUCACCAGAGUGCGUAGAUUCCAACAGGAUGACUCACACAUCUUUUGUACCUUUGAGCAAAUAAAGGAGGAAGUCCUAAAUACCCUUCGUUUUAUUUUUUUCAUUUAUGACCUAUUUGGAUUUAAGUACGAAUUGUUCUUAUCCACGAGGCCGGAAAAGUUUAUUGGAAAUAUUUCCACUUGGGACUUUGCAGAGCAGGCUUUAAAGGACGCCCUCAAUUCGGCCAAUAUAUCGUGGAAACUGAACGAAGGAGAUGGAGCUUUCUAUGGACCAAAAAUUGACAUCCUACUUAGGGACAGCAUUAACCGUACCCAUCAAUGUGGUACCAUCCAGCUGGACUUCCAACUUCCCUGUAGAUUCAACCUGCAGUACAAGAACAGGGACUUUGGGGUACUAAACGAGGGGGAAAACGCGGAAGCUGGUACGGCUAAACGGGAAGAAGUGACGGAAAAGACCGAAAUCAAUCAACCUUCCCAAAGUGCAGGUGCAGAUACCGAUAACCCCGCUGAUACGGCGGAGCAGCUGAAAAAAGGCUUCGACCGACCUGUUAUUAUCCACAGAGCUAUCCUUGGAUCUGUUGAACGGUUCGUUGCAAUACUUAUAGAACACACAGCUGGAAAGCUGCCUUUUUGGAUCUCUCCCAGACAAGCCAUAGUCCUCCCCGUAAGUGACAAAUUCAAUGAUUACGCCAAUUACGUGUACCAAACGCUGAAUAAUCACUUUUUCGAUGUGGAGAUAGACACCUCACUGAACACGCUCAACAAGAAAAUACGAGAAGCGCAACUGAACCAGUUCAACUUUAUUUUGGUCGUGGGGGAGAAGGAGCUAACAACCAACACAGUCACUGUGCGUAAUAGGGAUGACCAGAACAACCAUGAGGUGUGCUCCCUGCAGGAGCUCAUCGCUCGGUUUAGGAAGCUGCUCGAGGUCAACUCGAUGCCCUUUAACCAGGUCAAGCCCUUCAACCAGGCAAAACCUCUUCAGUGA